CAUGUAUAUGAAGAAUGUGGCACCUUAUCUGACUUUACGAUUUCCAUACUUGACCGUUAUAAUAUUAACCUUAUCGCAUACAUGUAAAACAGAGAAUCCAACUGAAUAUUACAGUGGGUACAUAACAAUACUAGUAUAAUUGUAAACCUGUGGAUUAUUAUAAAACUAUUGACAUGCAUCUAUUUAUAUUGGGUUGCAUUUCACUCCUUACAUAUGUAGAUGCUGCAAGUACACAAAUCUGUAAUGCGCAGGCUACAUGCAUCAAACAUGGCACAUACAAAGUAAUAACAAUAUUCCAUGGUGUUGGAGUUUGUACUUGUAAUGGAGGUUAUUCUGGAAAAUGUUGCGAAACAAAUAUAAAUGAAUGCCAUAGUAAUCCUUGUCAGCAUGGUGGUGCCUGUCAUGACAGAUCUAAUGGAUACACGUGUACAUGUAGAGGUGGAUAUAGUGGAACAGUAUGUCAGACAGAUAUAAACGAAUGUGGGAGUAAUCCAUGUCUAAACCAUGGGUAUUGUCAUAAUGGAAUCAAUGCAUAUACAUGUAGCUGUCGAACUGGAUUUGCUGGACAUCGUUGCGAGACAAAUAUAAACGAAUGUGUUACACGCCCUUGCCUCAAUGGUGGCACAUGCCAUGACGGUGUUAAUAAGUACACAUGUACCUGUCAACACGGCUAUAGUGGAACAAGAUGUCAAACAAAUAUAAAUGAGUGCGCUAGCAAUCCGUGCUUACAUGGUGGUACUUGUCUUGACGGUGUAAAUAAAUACACAUGCACCUGUCCACAUGGGUAUACUGGUAAACGAUGCGAGACAGACAUUAAUGAGUGUGCCACUACUCCUUGCCAUCACGGUGGUACGUGUCAUGACGGUGUAAAUAAGUACACGUGCACCUGUUUACGAGGUUAUACUGGUUCAACAUGUCAGACAAACAUAAAUGAGUGUGCCAAAACUCCCUGUCUCCAUGGUGGCACUUGUCAUGACGGUGUAAAUAAGUACACCUGCACAUGUGUACGAGGAUAUUCAGGUUCAAGUUGUCAGACAAAUAUUAAUGAGUGUGCCAGUCGGCCAUGUAAACAUGGUGGUGUUUGUCAUGACGGGGUCAAUAAAUACACAUGCAGCUGUGCGAGUGGAUAUACUGGGGUCAAUUGCGAAACAGACAUAAAUGAAUGUGGUAGCAAUCCAUGUCAACACAGUGGUGUAUGUCAUGAUGGUGUAAAUAUAUACACAUGUAGCUGCAAGGCUGGUUUUACCGGUGUGCAUUGUGAAAAGAAUAUUAACGAGUGUGCAAGUAAUCCUUGUCAGUACGGUGGUACGUGUCAUGAUGGUGUUAAUAGGUAUACCUGUUCCUGUAUAGCUGGAUUUCAUGGUGUUCACUGUGAGACAGAAAUUGACGAAUGUGCUUCUCAGCCAUGCCAGAAUGGUGCCACCUGUGUCGAUCAGUUUAAUGGAUACAAAUGUGAAUGUCUUGAAGGUGAUUCUGGCAAAAACUGUGAACUAGGGACAACGGUACCCGAAACUCCUAAAAUAAACUUGAUAUCGGAAACGACUGUUACUGAAGGUACCCCUGUCGUAAAGAUUGCAUGUUUUGCUGAAGGUAUUCCUGCACCUGUAGUCACUUGGGAGGAAAUUGAUGCCAAGUUUCAGCCAAACGUUCGACAAGUUGGACAUUUCCUGGUAAUCGAAAAUGUGACAAUGGCAGAUAAGGGUUAUUAUACGUGUACGGCUAAAAACCGUGUCGGGACCGACAUCAAAGCUGUAAACCUUAUUGUUGCUUCACAGUCAACAAGACCAUAUGUUGCACCAGUUAUUUCUGCGCCAUCCACAGUGAUCGUGAAAUAUUACACAGAUGCUAGACUGGUAUGCAAUGUAACUGGAUACCCAACACCAAGUGUCAGAUGGGAAUACAAUCAGGGUAGAAAUAUUCCUGGUGUUAAAAUGUCAGGCGGUGUCAUGCUCAUUUCAAAUGUUACUAGUGAAGCUACUGGUCUUUACGUCUGUAUAGCUACAAAUGAUAUAGGAUCAAGUCGAGCAAAUAUAAUGCUGGAAGCUACUUAUGAUUCUCCCAAGCUCCUUACAUCUCCAUUAGUUUAUUCGGGAAAUGCAGGUAUAUCUCAUAACUUUACCUGUUCUGCGGCAGGCCAUCCUGUUCCAAUAAUCACAUGGACUUUCUCAUCAUUUUCUCAUCACAUUGACACACUGCCUCCACACAAGAUACACAGUAAUAGUAAUGUAAUAGAGUUGGUUGAUAUGCAAGAGUCUGGAGUCCUCACGUGUACAGCCACCAAUGAAUUUGGAAUGGAUACUGCAAAAGCAACAGUUAUUGUUCAUCAUAGCUCGGCAGUAGUUGGGUGAUAAUCAUUGAGUAGAAACAGAAAAUUCAAGGAUUUAAAAAAAAUACAAUAUGAAAAGAAUAACAGUAAAAUGUUUUUUUUAGAAAAACUCGUUACUUUGAU